GAAGCGAUUUCGUCACAGGCCCUGCCCACUUCACGCCACGUGAUCACGCCGCCCCACCUCGCAGCGCGCCGCAUUCAGGUUCCGGGAACAUGGCGAAGGUCUCAGAGCUCUACGAUGUCACUUGGGAAGAAAUGAGAGAUAAAAUGAGAAAAUGGAGAGAAGAAAACUCAAGAAAUAGUGAACAAAUUGUGGAAGUUGGAGAAGAAUUAAUUAAUGAGUAUGCUUCCAAGCUUGGAGAUGAUAUUUGGAUCAUAUACGAGCAGGUGAUGAUUGCAGCUCUGGACUAUGGUCGGGAUGACUUGGCAUUGUUUUGUCUUCAGGAGUUAAGAAGACAGUUCCCUGGCAGCCACAGAGUCAAGCGAUUAACAGGCAUGAGAUUUGAAGCUAUGGAAAGAUAUGAUGAUGCUAUACAGCUGUACGAUCGAAUUUUGCAAGAAGAUCCAACUAACACUGCUGCAAGAAAGCGUAAGAUUGCCAUUCGUAAAGCCCAGGGGAAGAAUGUGGAGGCCAUUCGGGAGCUGAACGAGUAUCUGGAGCAGUUUGUUGGUGACCAAGAAGCCUGGCAUGAACUUGCAGAACUUUAUAUCAAUGAGCACGACUAUGCAAAAGCAGCCUUCUGUCUGGAGGAGCUCAUGAUGACCAAUCCCCACAACCACCUGUACUGCCAGCAGUAUGCAGAGGUUAAAUAUACCCAAGGCGGACUUGAAAACCUCGAACUUUCAAGAAAAUAUUUUGCACAGGCAUUGAAACUGAACAACAGAAACAUGAGAGCUUUGUUUGGGCUUUACAUGUCUGCAAGUCAUAUUGCAUCUAACCCAAAAGCAAGUGCAAAAAUGAAGAAGGACAACAUGAAGUAUGCAAGUUGGGCAGCUAAUCAGAUCAACAGAGCUUACCAGUUUGCAGGUCGCAGUAAGAAGGAAACCAGAUACUCUCUUAAGGCGGUCGAAGACAUGUUGGAAACUUUGCAGAUCACCCAGUCUUAAGGCUUCACCAGCUUUGGCAUUGAUGUCACAGGGGCGCAGUUGAACUUUUUGGCCUGUGACUUACUUACUAGAUGCCCAGUGCUGUUUACACUCUAAUUUCUGUGAAGAUGACAAUUGUAAAGAAUGUGUUUAUGUAGCCCUAAAAUGCCUUUUACUGCUCAGCAAGAAGAUGGCAAUCUGAGGAGGACAAUGUGAGGCUUACGGUUGUACACCAGUCGCUUCAUGUCACAGAAUGUCGUAACUGCUCUUCACUCAGCCCUGCGUAGGAAUGGCCUUGUUAAAUAAACCACUGACUUACUGAA